AUGCCCCGGAGAAGGAAUCAGCGUCACCGGCAUCCCCCCAGAUGCAGCCGCUCCCGCCUGCAGCGCCGGGCCUCGAAUCAACGUGUGCGGUCCAGGAGUCCCCAGGACAGGAGCAGGAGGACAGCAGCGAGUGCUGAGAGGCCCAGGCCCAGGGGGACACCGUCGGGGACGUCCCGCAGGAGCAACCGCUCCCCCGAGCGACGUCGCACCUCAACUCGGACCUCCAACAGCAGCACCUCACGCGUGAGUGCUUUCAAGUUUUCCUCCUUUGGAGACACAGAGGAGUUGGGCAUCAAAGAAGAGCCUUACGUACUUGGAACAAUAAAGCCGGCAAAAGUCACAUGGCAAGAGGAUCCACGUUUCCAAGACAGCAGUUCUGAGGGUGAUGAUGAGCCUGAGGUGUCAGAAAUUGGAAAGGACCAAGAAAUGUUUCUUUCUUUACCACGCACAGAAAGUGCGAGAGUUUUCUUCUUCUCCCAAGAUGAUGAACGCCUAGGAGAGGGCCCAAAGUUAUUCUGUAGAUUAGUAGAGCUCAAGGAAGAAAAAGAGGGUUGGGAAGACAGACGUAGAUCAUUGCUUGAGGUGAGUAUGUAACAUCUGCUCCCUGGUAACUCUAGGUGAAAGCUGAGCAUGGGGAGGGAAUGCAGGUAUGAAUGUGCAUGCAAACCUAAUUCAGGACCUCGAGAAGAGCCUUAAAUUUGUAGACCAGGGAAGAGAGGUUUUUUAGCGUACCAGUAUGUAU